CUCAACUAUUAUAUAUUGCUUUCUAUAUUACAGUGUUGUACUUGGCCAUUUCUGAGCCUAAAAUGAAAUUGAGCUUUGCAAAUGUGGCUUAGAGUCAAAGGGGCUCCAUAACCCACAUGGACAUAACUCUUUUCACUCCGGAAGAAUCACCCUUCUUCCAGUCCACCCAGCAGAGCAAUGGUCAGGCAGCAAUAGAUAUGCAUAGCAACAAUCAGCCUCAACAUAGCCACACAUCGACAAGCCGAUCAUCUGACUCUGGUGUGCUGCCUAGUGCAUCAGGUAAAUGGGCCUCAAGACUUCUCAAGGAGUGUGCACAAGCUAUAUCCGAGAAGGACUCUAGCAAAAUCCAUCAACUUCUAUGGAUGUUGAAUGAGCUUGCUUCACCUUAUGGAGAUUGUGAUCAGAAAUUAGCAUCUUAUUUCUUACAAGCUCUAUUUUGUAAGGCCACGGAGUCCGGCCAACGAUGCUACAAAACACUAACUUCAGUGGCUGAAAAGAGCCACUCCUUUGAUUCAGCUAGGAAAUUGAUACUAAAGUUCCAAGAGGUAAGUCCAUGGAUGACUUUUGGUCAUGUAGCUUCAAAUGGUGCUAUUUUGGAAGCUUUAGAGGGUGAGACCAAACUUCACAUAAUUGAUAUAAGCAACACCCUUUGCACCCAAUGGCCUACUUUGCUAGAAGCUUUGGCUACAAGAAAUGAUGACACCCCUCAUUUAAAGCUUACUGUUGUGGUGACAACUAGUACAGUCAAGUCAGUCAUGAAGGAAGUAGGUCAGAGAAUGGAAAAGUUUGCAAGAUUAAUGGGAGUACCCUUUGAGUUUAAUGCUAUAAUGGGGCUAAAUCAUUUGGCAGAGCUCACAAAAGAAGUACUAGGUGUUCAAGAGGAUGAAGCUACUGUGGUGAAUUGUAUUGGGGCCUUGAGAAGAGUCGAAGUAGAGGAAAGAGGAGCUGUGAUUCAAAUGUUCCAAUCGCUUAGGCCUCGAGUUGUGACCAUUGUUGAAGAAGAAGCAGACUUAUCAAGCUCAAGAGAUGACUUUGUGAAGUGCUUUGAAGAGUGCCUUAGGUUCUAUACAUUGUACUUUGAGAUGCUAGAGGAAAGCUUUGUCCCAACAAGUAAUGAGCGAUUAAUGUUGGAGAGGGAUUGCUCAAGGAGCAUAGUUAGGGUUUUGGCUUGUGAUGAUGAAAAAAGUAGUGAAGAAGAUUCUGAGAGAAGGGAGAGAGGGAGCCAAUGGUCUGAGAGGCUCAAGGAGGCAUUUUCACCAGUUGGGUUUAGUGAUGAUGUUGUGGAUGAUGUCAAGGCAUUGCUAAAGAGGUACAAAGCUGGUUGGGCACUUGUGCUACCACAAGGAGAUCAUGAUGACUCAGGAAUUUACUUGACAUGGAAGGAAGAACCAGUACUUUGGGCUUCAGCAUGGAAACCAUAAUUGAUAUAUGGUAUAAUAAGGACCAUUGCUAGCCUAUACACUCAAGUUUAGCAUGGGAUUAAUGCACAAGUUAUUGGAAGCCAUGAACAUUAUAUGGAGUUUCAAGCUAGCUAAUCUUAUCUUUUUAUUUUCUAUCUUCUUAUUAUUCAUGCGCAUUUGUAGUCUUAUAUUUAUGUCCAACUUUUCUUCAGCUUUAUGCUUGGGAGUUUGUGUUGCUUCUUUUUCUUUUUAUUUCAUUGCUCUUGUUUGAAGGUGUUUGCACUUGUACCUCGCUUUAUAAUUUAUCCAAUGGCAUUGUACUUCCCGUUUGGAUUGCUUGCUUAUUUCCUUCCCUCUCAUCCGUAAGUGGAUUUAUGUAUAAGGAAUAUUACACACAUAUAAACGCCUAUGUAUGUGUGUGUGCAUUGUGUAAGUGUUUGAAGUGUAAUACAG